UUAUGUCCCAGUUUUUUGCCUCAAACGCAUGCAUUUCAUUUUUAUCUACACCUUUCAUCGCUGAAAGUCCCUCAUUUAGGCCAGGGAGCUAAUUGAGAAACUGCCAGUAUCACAUAUCCUGCUGCUACGUUUUCUUUUUGCUUUCCUGUCACAUCUUUGCGAAUUUGCUGAUGAGAACAUGAUGGAGCCUCAUAACAUGGCGAUCUGCUUCGGACCAACAUUGUUACCAAUUCCAGAGGGUAAAGAUCAGGUGUUUUAUCACAACUUCGUGAACGAAUUGGUCCGGAACUUGAUAUUGAAUGUAAAUGAGGUGUUUCCGCAAGAUCUACCUGGACCAGCGUAUGACAAAUAUGCAGCGAUUGCAGAAGAGGCCGACCAUAUGGGUUACAUGGAUGAUGUGUAA